AGGGUGGGGGAGGGGAAGAGGUGGAAAAACAAGAUGGCCGCCGGCCGCUUGAAGGGAAUGGUUUCCCCGGCUGUGAGUGAAAGCGCUGGCGAAGUGCGGCACCAGCAACACGGAUUCAACUUGGCCGUGUCGUCAUCACCACUGCCGCUGCUUUCGUCGUCGCCCCCUUCAGCUGCGUCCUCGCCACCUUCCUCUUCGGCCACAAAUGGCACUUUAGGCGAAGGGGUGGAUAAUAAUAAAAAUAAUAAACUCGCCGGCCCUUUAUAUUUCUCGGUUGACCGUAUGGACUCUCUGUUUUUGGCCCGGCCGACCAGAGUACGGCGGCGCCCCGAGCCCCAGCCUCCAUCUUACCACCGCGGCGAGAGGGGCACGGCAGCCGCCCGAGGAGGAGGCAACAAACAGCCCGAGACAAAUAACUAUAAUCACCACAACCAUCACAACCACCACCACCAUUCUCCUCACCGCCGGUACCAUCGUCACCACCAGGCCGGGGAGCCGCAGGAGCCGGGGGUGAGUUCUACGGCAAUCCCCGGUCUUGGCCUAAACAGGGAAGCCUCGCGGCUCUGCGGCAGACGCCAGGUCGGAAUGAAUUCCGAUGGAUCUUUUUCCAGUACGGUCGGCGAGGACAAGGAAAGGGGCAAAGCCGCGAUAUCUAACCCUGCCAGCAACGGCCUGACUAAAGAAGUGCCUUGCCUCAGCUGCGACCCUGGCUUGGUGAACGGCAGCAACAAAGCUUCGGGCGGCUGCGGUAUUCAUCGGAGUAACGGCGCCAUCGCGCUGAACUCGGCUUUGUCUGGCAAGGGGAAUCCGGAUAAAAACCGCUGCUCCCAGCUGCAGAAAAGUAGCAACACUGCCACCUCCGAUCCCGGCCUACUACCCAAAGGCAGCAGCAAAAUCCCCGGUCUCGAGUACGGGUGUCGAACCGAAUUUCAUGCCAGCAAACCGGCGGGAAGUUCACUUAAAGCUCGCUACGGCGAAAUAAAUCCUAAUUGUGCGGGGACUGAUAAUCAAAACAAAAAACAUAUCGAUAGAAUAAACAGUACUUCCGGUGACAUUAUUAACCACCACAAUAACUGUAAUAGUCUCAGUUGUAAUACUCAUGGUAGUCACAAUACUAUUAAUGUUAGCCAAGAUGAGGUGAGUGCUCAGAGUUUAUUAGUUAUCGGUAAACAAGCUGAGAUCAGGAGCAGGGCUCAUCGACUCUGCAAGCGUUUGCAGGUAGUACAAGCUAAGCAGGUAGAACGCCAUGCCCAGCAGCAGCUGGCAGGUUUAGUGGAACACAGUUUAAAACAGUUCUCUUCUUCUUUCACCGAAACAUUUCUUAAUAGCAGUAAUAAUAAACAUGGAAGCACCUUUCACGGGAACAACGACCUGCUAGUCCGCUCAUCGUUGAGAAGUUUUCCAAGAACGGACUCAAAAUGCGGUAAAGGAGACACUUUCUCCAGUCCGAGCUCUUCCCUCCGAUCUGGCGAGAGUAAGAAAUGUUUGCUAUCUUCGCUAAGUGGGGACACUUUCUCUGCUUUUGUGAAAGAUCGAGCUGUUUCUGAGAGUCUGCUGAAACUGGUGACUAGCGUGACUGCAAAGCUCAGGACUUCGGAGAGGGCGUUCGAUUCCGAUGCCACCGAAAGCAGCUCAGGGGGAGAGACGGAUCCAGAGGAUGGUACAGGUGGUGCAACAUUCGACCAUCGACAUGCAGUUCUACGCCGUCGAUCAGAGUGGCGAUGGGCCAUGGAAAGAGCAGCAAUUGUCAACCGUUGGACAUGGUUGCAAGCUCAGGUGUCUGACCUGGAAUACCGAAUAAGGCAGCAGACAGACAUAUACAGGCAGAUACGUGCAAAUAAGGGCCCAGUUGUUCUUGGUGAGGCUCAGUUGCCAGAAGAUCUGAUGAAGCACCAGUGCCGAUUGGUGACAGCCACUUCAGCAGUCAGCUCGCAAGGCCCUGACGCAUGCUCCAAUCCCUCAUCUACUGACGUAAAGAUCCCAAUUACUAAUAAAAAAUGUGAACUCUCACCAUGCAGUCCAUCUCUCCUCCUGCGGAACAUUGAUAAACAGAGUUCUCGUCUUACGCAGUCUCUAGGAAACCUCAUCUGUCCCUCCAGCCCAUCCUGUAGUUCCCCUUCAAGCUCUUCACUACUACCUAAAGUCUGCACACCGCCAAGGCAAUUAAAUGGGCUGCUGAACAGUCUACAUUCCAGUCCUUUGGACAACAGUUCACUAGACAGCUCAGACACAGAAGAAAUCCUUUGUAAAAGGCAGCGAUUGGAUGGUCUUACUGUCCCUUCGUCACCACCUGACAACAGUUGUGUUGCUGCCAGAGUUCGUCCUGUCCGAAGGUACAGGAAGAGGAGGCUGGUCAGAUCUAACCUGGCAUGUUAUCUUGGUAGAAAGGCCCAGCGUCCCCUCAGCGUCAAAUGUAGCUGUGACUGGCCUAAUGCAUGUAUUUUGUGCGGCUCCAAAACCCUAAUACAGACUAUGGAUCAGCCCAGCAUGUCUCCACAGGAACGUGUGGCUAUAAUGGAGCCCUGCUAUCACCCUAUAUUGUCACUUUCGCAAGACAUACCUCUUCAUGUGCACUUUGAAGGUUUACUCAAGCAGGAAGAGCAUCAGAAACCACCUCAAAAAUUUAAGUCUUUGAAGUCUUUCUCCCAAUUGAGACAGAGGCCUCAGGACACUGCAAAGAAAGUCUGUCAGAAGCUUGCCUCUUCUCUCCUCACGUCAGCCAAAUAUGUACAAAGCAGAAAUGCAUCAGAAAAAAUCUUCAAACAGAGAUUAGAUUUCUGGCAGCCGACCUCCAAAACAGAGAGUGAUCCUUUCACAGAAAAGCUCAAUGCACAGAUAAAGAAGCAAAGGUCAUCUGUCCACUUAGCGCUCAGUAAACGGCUUAAAACAGCUUCAAAUUCAUCUCCAUCACCACUAAACUCCCAGACUACAAAACCCAGUUCAACAAUGCACCAUUCGCCUUCGUACAUUGACCCCACUGCUUCAGUCGUACAUAACCAGCCAGCAAUGACCACCACUUCUACGCCAUCUGCCCGAAAGAGAAGAGGUGAAAGUUCAUUUGACAUAAACAACAUUGUGAUUCCCAUGUCCAUGGCUGCUGCAGCUCGAGUGGAGAAACUUCAGUACAAGGAGAUCCUGACACCAAGUUGGCGAAUCGUAGAUGUUGAACAGUCAAAGCUGCAGAAUUGCAAAUUGGAGGAUGACCAGUAUGAAGAAAUGUCUGAUGAGGCUUUUCUUAAUCGCCAUUCCAAAUGUGAGGAAAUUGAACGUUCUAGAUGGUGUUUGUGGUCUUCCACCAGCUCGGCCAGACGAGGAAGCAGAACUUCUAACAAAGCUGAUGGCAGGUCUACUCCACAACUGCAGCAAGCUAAUGCAGCAACCCCUCAUCCAGCGUCACCUGACAGUGGAUUUCAUCUUUUGAAUGACUACCCUCACACACCCUCAUUGAGUGGCCCAGUCAGCCCUGAUACCUGCUCAUCGCUCAAUUCCUUCUACUCAAAAGAUCGCAUAAGAGUCCUGUCAUUCAAUGAGGAUACACGGUCAUCUACACCCGAGGUCACUGAUGAAGAAGUUCAGAUGGUACAACCUUGGGAGCCAAGGAUAUUUCCCUUAUCAGCUGAAGACAUGGAACUAUUGAAAGGAUAUACCAACUCUCUUAGAGAAAGUCGCUAUGAGCGACCAAGGGAUCUACACUGGUUGUCAGCUAACAGGCUGAACAUUAGGACUGAAUCUGCUGAGUGCACCCCUUCAUUAUUGCAGGAUCCGAGAGGCCCUGCAUAUUUAAAGGAUGACAACAGUUCAGAUUUGAGAUUGACUCUGGCAAUUGAGAAUGAACGAAGCAUGGAUAGAUGAACUCGGCGCACACAGUAAUUUAUCAACUAGACCCGCACAGCAAUCACAUCUUGUAUAUAUGUGCUGUAUCUAUAUAUAAAUAUAUAUCUAGAUAUAUAUAUAUAUAUA